AUGGCUCAUGAUCAAGGCAACAAAAUUUCCGAACUCGUACCUGAUGUCAUCGAGCUAAUAGUCAACAAACUCCCUUCCUAUUGUUUGCCGAGCUGUAGGCUGGUCUGCAAAACCUGGAACGAUGUGAUCUUAAGUUCUAAGCAUCACCCUUCAAUCUCGCAUGCUUCCGACUUCUUCCUUGCACAUGUUUAUUCAGACAGUCGUGAUCGUCCUAAUUCUCAUUGCUUUCGUAAUCUCCAUUGCUUGGAAUUGGAUCCCGACCACAUGGAAGGGGUGAGGAGUGUUGCUUCAUUCAACUUGAAGCGUAAGUAUUUUAAACGUUCUUUUAUCUCAACUAUCAAUUCGUGCAAUGGACUCUUGGCUUUCGUGGUCACUAAAAAGACAAAUAGCUGGCUUAGCCCGAAUAGUGUCGUGAUAUUAAAUCCCAUUACGAAUGAGUACUUCGAACUCCCCAAAGACAAAUUCAAAGGGAAUUGGUUUACUUGCUACUAUGGAUUUGGGUUUUGUCCCAAAACAAAACAAUACAAAGUGGUAAGAAGCUCUACUGUUCGUGAUAGAAACUCCAUCAUCCAUAACUACAAAACAGAGAUUUUUGCCUUUGGGACCCGGCCCGAAUGGACGCGUAUUGAGUCACCAACUUGUUCUUUUAAUGGAUGCCAUGGUGUUUACUUAAACGGAGGGCUGCAUUGGAUUGGCCAAAAUAAUCUUGGUCCGGAUGUCAUUUAUCGUCUAAAUAUGGAAGAUGAGAAAUACGAGCAGAUUCCUUUUCCUGAUGAUGACGGUUAUUUUCCUUGUAUUGGAAUAUUUAAUGGUGCCAUUCAUUUAACUCUUUCUAUGGAGGGGUACAAGUAUAGGGUGUGGAAGAUGAAAGAAGAUGGUUUGUGGAUUAAAGCAUUUAGUGUCAUCAUACCAGAUGUCAAUAAAAAUAUACUUUCCUUCUCAAAAUCGACGGUGGAACCGAUUAAAAUAUGUAAAGAUGGAAAGAUCUUGUGUCUUUGGGCUGGAGCUGAAUUAAUGUUGUAUAAUCCCACCACCAAGAAGAUGGAGAAGUUAAUAGAUGAUACAACUGCGAGAGAUUUUUCGGUUCACAACAUUGACUGCUUUAAUUUUAACGUUCUUCCCAAUAUUUUAACAGGAAAAUUAGGUAAAUUUUUAGAGUAA